CAGCCUCGUCCAGGCAAGCUACUGGCACCUGGCUGCUCUCAACGAACCUCAACAAGAUGGUGUUCGCAUUUUGGAAGGUCUUCCUGAUCCUAAACUGCCUUGCAGGUCAGGUUAGUGUGGUGCAAGUGACCAUCCCAGACAGUGUGGUGAACGUGACUGUUGGAUCUAAUGCCACUCUCGUCUGCAUCUACACCACCACUGUGACCUCCCUGGACAAGCUCGUCAUCCAGUGGUCUUUCUUCCAUAACAAGGAGUUGCAGCCAGUAUCUCACAGCCCGUGCCUCAAUACUGAGGGUUUGGAGGAAAAGGCAGUCAGUCAGUGUCUAGACAUGGCGCAUGCAAGAGACGCUCGGGGAAGAUGUAGCUGGACUUCUCAGAUUUACUACUCUGAAGGUGGACAAGCUGCAGCCAUUGGGCGAUUUAAAAAUCGAAUUGUAGGGUCUUCCCAACCAGGUAAUGCAUCUAUCACCAUUUCUAAUAUGCAGCCAGCAGAUACCGGGAUUUACAUCUGUGAUGUCAACAACCCCCCAGACUUUGCUGGCAAAAACCAAGGCAUCCUCAACGUCAGUGUGUUAGUCAAACCUUCUAAGCCCCUUUGUAGCAUUCAAGGAAUACCAGAAACGGGUCAUCCUGUUUCUCUCUCUUGCCUCUCUGUGAUUGGAACACCUGCCCCUGUGUACUACUGGUAUAAACUCGAGGGAAAAAACAUCAUUCCAGUGAAAGAAAGCUUCAACCCAACCACCGGGAUUUUGGUUAUUGGAAAUCUGACAAAUUUUGAAAAAGGUUAUUACCAAUGCACAGCUAUCAACAACCUUGGUAAUGGUUCCUGCGAAAUUGACCUAACAACGUCGCAUCCAGAAGUUGGAAUCAUUGUUGGGGCCUUGGUGGGUAGCCUUGCAGGUGCUGCCAUUAUCAUCUCUGCUGUGUGUUUUGCAAGGAACAAGGCAAAGGCAAAGGAGAGGAAGAGAAAUUCUAAAACCACCACCACAGAGCUGGAACCAAUGACAAAGGUAAACCAAAGUACAGAGUACACGGCAAUGCCACCUGAAGAAGCCAUCCAAGUAGAAGCAACUCAGCCACCUUCCACCCUUGAGACUGACCCUGCUACUAUCCUGGAGCCAGACCAUGAGCCUGACCCCGAGCUGGAGCCUGCCUCGGAGUCUGCCCUGGAGCCUGAUUCAGGGCCUGAGCCUCUGCCAGUCCCUGAGCAUGAGAUCGAGCUUGAGCUGGUGCCGGAGCUGGAGCCGGAGCCGGAGCCAGAGCCAGAACCUGGGGUUGCAGUUGAGCCCCUCUGUGAUGAGGAGGAGGGAGCGGUUAAGACAUAG